GAGAUCUAAAUCCAUAAACGAGCUAAUGACGUCAGGGCGACUGGGGGCGUGUGAAGAUGGCGGCGCUCGUGAUGAGAGUUGGUACAGGUCCUUUCGCUUCUGCUCGGGUUCACGGACCCGCUCUGCGCUCCGCUGCUGCCGCAAUACUCAGAUCCGUCAGUGUGUCUGCCACACAGUCAAUCUCAUUCCCAGAGAGGGUUAAGAUUGUAGAGGUUGGACCCCGAGAUGGACUUCAGAAUGAGAAGACCAUCGUUCCAACAGAGGUGAAGAUCCAUCUGAUUGAUAUGCUCUCAGAGGCAGGACUUCCUGUCAUUGAAGCCACAAGUUUUGUUUCUCCUAAAUGGGUCCCUCAGAUGGCUGAUCAAGAGGAAGUGAUGCGUGGCCUCCAAAAGAAACCUGGCGUGAACUACCCUGUUCUAACCCCUAAUCUGAAGGGCUUCCAGGCUGCUAUGAAGGCUGGUGCAAAAGAGGUGGCAAUAUUUGGUGCUGCAUCAGAGCUCUUCAGUAAGAAGAACAUAAACUGUUCAGUGGAGGAGAGUCUUGUGCGCUUUGAGGAGGUGAUGAGAGCAGCCAAUCAAGAGGGGGUUCCUGUGAGAGGCUAUGUGUCAUGUGUGCUGGGUUGUCCAUAUGAAGGGAAGGUAUCACCGAACAAAGUGGCAGAAGUUGCUAAGCGACUAUAUUCCAUGGGCUGCUAUGAGAUUUCACUUGGCGAUACUAUCGGAGUGGGCACUCCAGGUGGCAUGACGGAGAUGUUAAAUGCCGUGAAGAAAGAGGUUCCUGUGGAGGCUUUAGCAGUUCACUGUCAUGACACUUACGGACAAGCACUCGCUAACAUACUUGUAGCAUUACAGAAUGGGGUUAGUGUCGUGGACUCAUCUGUUGCAGGGCUGGGCGGCUGCCCUUAUGCCCAAGGGGCUUCUGGGAAUGUUGCAACGGAAGAUGUGGUCUAUAUGCUGCACGGACUGGGAAUCCAUACUGGAGUGAACCUGCCCAAACUGCUGGACGCUGGCUCAUAUAUCUGUCAUUCACUCAACAGAAGGACAAAUUCAAAAGUAGCUCAGGCCUCCUGCAAGCUCUGAAGUCUUCUUUUUCUUUAUAGAGAUUAUAGUCUCUGGUUUGAUGGCAUUACUCUUUUGGAGCUCACACUACAUUACCCCUUAGUACGCAGUGAAAUCUCUUAAUUUAUAACAUUUUUCUAAAUACAGUGGAGCUGGACAUUAGGGAUCAGCUCAUCUGUUCUCUACUGUGAAUGUGUAAAUGAGUCUAGUGGUGAAAAGGGUGCUUGUGUCACCCAAUAUUCACAACCACAGACCCAAACUGUUCUCUUGUGCCUUGAUUUCUGAUGACAGUCAAUCUAUGUAUAUGUAUAUUUCUAAUAAAUUCAUUAAAUAUUUUA